ACACUCUGCUCUUCUGCAGCGGCUGCAUCAGGACCGAGGCGAGUACCGGCUCACCCAACCCCAACCCCAACCUCAACCUCAACCCACAGGGGACAAAACUCCUCAUUCACUGUGCUCAACCUGCAGCAGGAGACGCCGAGACACCGUCAGCUGGAGGUGGCUGCAGGCCAUUGGAGGCAGUUGGAGGUAGUUGGAGGCGGUUGAGGAGGCCUGAAGCUUCACCAUGAGUCCCGCUGGACGCCCGUCGUUCCUGCUGCUCCUGUUCGCCGCCAUCUCAGCCGGGUUCCCGUGCUCCGCAGCAGGGGGCACCGGUUUGACCCCAAAGUCCAACAGCACAACCAGAAACCAGACUAAAUGCGGCGGCGGCACCGACUGCAUCGAGGGCGUCAUCCUGCCGGUGUGGAAGCCGAAGAACCCGGCCUUCCCCGACCGCCUGGCCAGGGCCACCAUCUACUUCGUGGGACUGUUCUACAUGUUCCUGGGCGUCUCCAUCAUCGCCGAUCGCUUCAUGGCGUCCAUCGAAGUCAUCACCUCUCAGGAAAGGAAGAUCACCAUAAAGAAGCCCAACGGGGAGAAGAUCACCACCACGGUUCGCGUCUGGAACGAGACAGUGUCCAACCUGACCCUGAUGGCGCUCGGCUCGUCCGCGCCGGAGAUCCUCCUGUCCGUGGUGGAGGUUUGCGGUCACAACUUUGACGCCGGUGAGUUGGGUCCCAACACCAUCGUAGGCAGCGCCGCCUUCAACAUGUUCGUCAUCAUUGGCCUCUGCGUGUCCGUCAUCCCCGACGGGGAGACCAGGAAGGUGAAGCACCUGCGGGUGUUUUUCGUCACCGCCACCUGGAGCGUGUUUGCUUACACCUGGCUGUACCUGAUCCUGGCCGUUUUCUCUCCGGGUGUAGUUGAAAUAUGGGAGGGGCUUCUCACACUCUUCUUCUUCCCUUUCUGUGUUGGGUUUGCUUAUGUGGCUGACCGCAGGCUUCUUUUCUACAAAUACGUGUACAAGCGAUACCGAACCGGGAAGCAGAAGGGAAUGAUUAUCGAGACCGAGGGCGAGCCAGAUCUCCCGUCGAAGGUGGACGUAGAAAUGGACGGUAAAAUGCUCAACUCCCAUAGAGAUGAGCUUCUGGACCGAGAGGCGAAGGAGCUGGACGAGGAGGAGGCACGCAGAGAGCUGGCCAGGAUCCUGAAGGAGCUGAAACAGAAACAUCCAGAGAAGGAGACGGAGCAGCUGAUGGAGCUCGCUAACUACCAGGUUCUGACCCAGCAGCAGAAGAGUCGGGCCUUUUACCGCUGCCAGGCAACCAGAAUCAUGACAGGAGCCGGCAACGUCCUGAAGAAACACGCCGCUGACCAGGUCAAGAGGGCCGCGCAGCAUGACAUCUGCUCUGAGAUAUCCGUCAACAACUUCUCCUCCAAGGUCUUCUUCGACCCUGGGAACUACCAGUGUCUGGAGAACUGCGGCAGCGUGGCGCUCAAUGUCGUUCGCCGAGGAGGAGACUUGACCGCUACGGUCUACGUGGAUUACCGGACUGAAGACGGCACCGCAAACGCUGGCUCCGACUACCAGCUCACCGAAGGAACCAUUGUGUUCAAACCCGGCGAGACCGACAAGGAAAUCCACGUCAACAUCAUUGACGACGAUAUUUUUGAGGAAGACGAGCACUUCCUGGUUCACCUCACCAACGUGCGGGUCACACCAGACGGAGCAAACGACCAUCAGGCGAACCACGCAGACGGCCUGGCAGGGCUGGGCCUGCCGUGCACGGCCACCGUCACCAUCUUCGAUGACGACCACGCCGGGAUCUUCAGCUUUGAGGAGCCGGUGGUGACGGUGAGCGAGAGCGUGGGCGUGAUGGAGGUGAAGGUGACCAGGAACUCAGGGGCCCGCGGCGUCGUGGCGGUGCCGUACAAAACCAUCCAGGGGACGGCUAAGGGUGGCGGAGAAGACUUCGAAGACACGCACGGAGUCCUGGAGUUUGACAACGAUGAGAUUGUCAAAUCGAUUCGGAUCAACGUUGUCGAUGACGAACAGUACGAGAAAAACAAGAACUUCUUCCUGGAGGUCGGCGAUCCUCAGCUGCUAGAGAUGAGUGAACGGAAAGCUCUGCUGCUGCAGGAAGUCGGUGGCUUCGUCCAGACAGGUAGGACCGCCGUCGGGUUCAGUCCAGGUCGAGAAAUCUACAGGAAGGUCCAGGGCCGAGACCGUCCCGCCCCGUCCAACAUCGUCAGCAUCACAGAUGGGGUGUGUGAGGAAGUUUUGACAAAGAAGGAGGAGGAGGAGCGGCGGAUCGCAGAGAUGGGCAGACCGACGUUGGGCGAACACGUCCGACUGGAGGUCAUCAUCGAGGAAUCGUACGAGUUCAAGAACACGGUGGAUAAACUGAUUAAGAAGACCAACCUGGCUCUGGUGAUCGGGACAAACAGCUGGAGGGAGCAGUUUGUGGAGGCCAUCACUGUCAGCUCAGGUGAUGAUGAUGACUGCGGUGAAGAAAAAAUGCCUUCCUGUUUUGACUAUGUCAUGCACUUCCUGACUGUCUUCUGGAAGCUUCUGUUUGCCUUUGUUCCUCCAACGGACUACUGGAACGGCUGGGCCUGCUUCGUCGUCUCCAUCUCCGUCAUCGGCAUGCUGACCGCCAUCAUCGGAGACCUGGCCUCGCAUUUUGGCUGCACGGUCGGCCUCAAAGACUCCGUCACCGCCGUGGUGUUCGUCGCGUUGGGUACUUCAGUACCAGACACCUUUGCCAGUAAAGUGGCAGCGAUCCAGGACCAAUACGCGGACGCCUCCAUCGGGAACGUCACAGGAAGUAACGCCGUCAACGUCUUCCUGGGCAUUGGCGUGGCGUGGUCCAUCGCCGCCGUCUACCACUACAGCAAGGGCCAGGAGUUCAGGGUGGACCCGGGAACGCUGGCCUUCUCCGUCACGCUCUUCACCAUCUUUGCUUUCAUCUGCAUCGCCGUCCUGAUCUACCGGCGCCGGCCGGCCAUCGGCGGGGAGCUGGGCGGCCCGCGUGUUCCUAAAAUCCUGACUUCCUGCCUGUUCUUCAGCCUGUGGUUGAUGUACAUCGUCUUCUCGUCGCUGGAGGCGUACUGCCACGUCAAGGGCUUCUAGGCCAUGUGCUUCAAACGGAAGUUGCGAUUUGGACGGUUUCUCUUCGGUCCAUCGGAUCGUCUGAUUCCUAUAACGUGUGUUUCUGUAAAGACUGAGUUCCCGAGAGGUUCUGGUGGGUUUCGGGUUCCUUCAGGUUCUGAUCAGAGAGUCAGAAUUUAGUAUAACCAAGAUGUUUGGGUCAGUCCUGCUGGUUCCUCUGACUUCCUGUUACAUUUUUCUAAGGUUCAGUUGUUCAGGUUUUCAGUGUCUUGGUUCUGGUUUCGGUAGAACCAUCUUUAAAAUGUUCUGUUGGACCCAGAAUGCUGCAUGUUUUCCUCUAAGUUAUCUCAUACCUCCAGAUUAUAUUUAAAGUGAGUUUUUUCAGGUAUUUUGAAGUUCAGUCAGGUCCAAACGGCUUCAGGGGUUUUCUCUGAAUGUGAGCAGCUUUUCAGACCUUCUGGCCCGGCGACGGCCCGGCGUCCGGCCCGACGUCCGGCCCGGUUUGGACAGAAAGCCUCUGGAUGCGUCUUGUCUCUGCAGGCGCCUGCUGACUUCCCUCCACCUUUAGUUGUGCACAAUGUUUAGUCUUGCAUGAACUUUGAACCCACUGCCACAGAGUGACGUCACCAGAGAUCCCUGCCUUUAUUCUGCCAUGUGAUUGGUUGUUGAAUGCAGUUUCUCCUGAAAACAUUAAAGUUUAGUGAGUGAU